GUCGAGCAUUCCGAUAAAUUCGGCCUUCUGGGUCGGCAUGUGGGUACCCUGUCCUCUCGGCCUUGAGAUUAAUGCCGAGGGCCUUGACUUACAAAGCAUUCCCCCCCUGAUCGCCGUCUUCGGCCUGAGAGGCUUUCGCAGUCCGAAAUCCUUGAAUAAGCAAGUAAAAGGUUGUCGCCGACUCAUUUACAAAGUCAUUUAUAUCUGUAAGUAGCGUAGAAGGGGCAAGGAGUGACAGUCCUGUGUCUGGAUAGGUGGGUACGUCAUUUAUGACGCCUCGAUACCGAGAACUCUUCUUUUGCGGCGCAGGUCUGAAUAUACCAGCCACUUUUUUUAUAUAUUGUGUCUGCCCAUCUCUCUCAGUAGUUACUUUUGCCGUUGAAGUGGUGAAUAUCUGGUCCUGACGCAGUCGUCCCCAAGAUGGCAUCCUCGUUAUCAAAGCCCAUCGCUAUUGUCGCCGGAGCAGGGCCAGGCACAGGGGCGGCCAUCGCCCGUCGAUUUGCCAAGGCUUAUCCCGUUGUUCUACUGGCACGCACUCAAGCGAACCUCGUUCCACUGGCCCAGAGCAUUCACCAGAAUGGUGGCUCCGCUUUAGCGAUAUCUGCGGAUGUUACGAAUGCCGACGCCAUAGAUUCAACUAUGGCCCAAAUCAAAACGCACUUCGGGAGAGAUGUAAGCGUGGCAGCAGCCAUUUUCAAUGUGGCCAGCAAGUUUACUCGGAAGCCAUUCCUGGACUCUAAUGCCGAGUUUCUGGAUAGUCUAGAGGCGACCGCUCGAGGUGCCUCGAACUUUUCCAAGGCGGUGAUCCCUUCCAUGGUGCGAGAGGCGAAAGAUUCUGAACAGCAAUAUCCUCCUACGUUGAUAUUUACCGGUGCAACGGCUGCGAUGAAAGGAGGACCUGGACUUGGUUCAUUCGCCAUGGGUAAGUUCGCUGUUCGAGCUCUGUCCCAAUCACUUGCGCGGGAGUUUGGACCUCAGGGUGUACAUGUUGCCCAUGCCAUCAUCGACGGUAUCAUCGCUACCGAAAAAACGAAAGAAUACAACAAGGACCGUCCCGACUCUAAGAUUGACCCAGACUCGAUAGCGGAAGCGUACUGGUUCUUACACACUCAGCCAAGAUCUGCUUUUACUCAUGAGCUUGACCUCCGACCUUAUUGUGAGAAUUGGUGA